CAUGAUUGGACAAGGAGUUCGUCCUAGGGGACACCGUCCCGACAUCCAUUGGGAAAUUGAUUUUACUGAAAUUAAACCAGGUAUGUAUGGAUACAAGUAUCUCCUAGUGUUUGUAGACACCUUCUCAGGAUGGGUCGAAGCCUUCCCCACAAAGCACGAGACUGCAAAAAUGGUCACCAAGAAGCUCCUCGAGGAAAUCUUUCCCAGGUAUGGCAUGCCUCAAGCGUUGGGGUCGGACAACGGGCCCGCUUUCGUCUCCCAAGUAAGUCAGUUGGUGGCCAAAUUGCUGGGGAUUGAUUGGAAAUUACAUUGUGCCUAUAGACCCCAGAGUUCAGGUCAGGUAGAACGCAUGAAUAGAACAAUUAAGGAGACUUUAUCCAAACUUACGCUUGCAACUGGCUCAGAGGAUUGGGUGGCCCUCCUUCCCCUAGUUCUAUAUCGGGCCCGGAAUACCCCGGGCCCCCAUGGUCUAACUCCUUUUGAAAUAAUGUAUGGAGCACCACCCCCAUUUGUCCAUUUCUUUGAUUCAAACAUUGCUGAUUUUGCUGACAGCCCUUCUCUGAGGGCCCAUUUACAGGCCCUACAGAUUGUGCAGAGAGACGUCUGGAGACCUUUGGCCGCUGCUUACCAGGACAAGCUUGAGCAUCUGGUGGUGCCACACCCGUUCCAGAUUGGAGACACCGUGUGGGUGCGCAGACACCUGACCAAGAAUCUCGAGCCACGGUGGAAAGGACCCUACACCGUCCUCCUGACUACCCCGACCGCCCUAAAGCCCUUCUCUGAGGGCCCAUUUACAGGCCCUACAGAUUGUACAGAGAGACGUCUGGAGACCUUUGGCCGCUGCUUACCAGGACAAGCUUGAACAUCCGGUGGUGCCACACCCGUUCCAGAUUGGAGACACCGUGUGGGUGCGCAGACACCAGACCAAAAAUCUUGAGCCAC